UAUACGUGCGAAAUACAAUAACACGCAGUUCAGCAAUUCAGUCGCACAAUGAGCAGCUCCAGAUAGAGCUGUCAUUAAAUGUUUUAAUCAAUCUAUAUCAUUAUAAACAUUUUUAUCACCCAAAGUAUAAAUUUUUUUCUUGCAUAAGUCAUCGAUAAACAUUAAAAAAGCUGUCCAAUUACGAAGGAAAAAAACCAAACAAAGCCACCAUGCCUGAGCCGGUGCACCACCAAAUAAACACGGCGAGAAAAACCUUUCAGGCUCUCUACAGAAUAUCGAAAUUACUCAAUACCAAUCUCGAUCCAGCAACCCUUAGUUAUUGUGUCAGGUUGUGUGAAAAUGGAGUGAAUCCACAAGCCUUGGCUACGGUUGUUAAAGAGCUGCAGAGAGAAGUGAAGGCUUUAAAUAAUGCAAAUAAUUAUCCUGGCAAAAAGUAACCCUUCAAACAGCAUCAACUUCGAGAGUACAUACCAUGACUAUUCCUGUGUAUUAUGUUUAAUUGAUUAAUGAUUAUGUUAUUCUAAUUCAUGUAGAAAAAAAAAUUAUUUAUUGAAAAUACUCGUAAUAGUAAAUAUACAAUACAAUUACAAAUUAAA